AUGCCUUUCACACCUGUUCAAACAUUCUUGGGUGGAUUGUUACUUCAUUUCUCGACCUCGUCGUUACUCGAAGAUACGGGGCGCGUCUUUGGGAUAUCAGGUAUCUUCAAUGGAGUGAUCUUCGGUACUCGCGAAUCCUGGCAAUGGGCCACUAUAGGCGGACUACUUGCCGGUCCACUCAUAGGCCUCGCCACGGGAUUGCAAGCUUAUUACCCAGGAAAUGGACUUGAGACUAUUGCUCAGAUGGGGUCUGGCAGAUUAGCUCUUGCGGGAGCUUUAGUUGGUUUUGGUAGUCGACUCGGAUCAGGCUGCACCAGUGGACACAUGUUGUGUGGGGUUUCAAGACUUUCACCUCGCUCAAUGGUUGCCACGGCUACCUUUUUCACCACGGCUGUUCUCACUGCAAAGUUGCUUCCCCUGCAUACAAGCCCGUCGGUCGUCCCAGCCUAUACCCUUCAAGCGCCACCGACUCCAACGAUGUUUAUCCUUGCAAGCGUGCUCAUUGGAUUCAAAAUUGCUUAUUCAUCACUUCGGCGAUACCUACUCGCGUCUUCAAGUACAACCUUACGUCUGGCUCCCUUUUUCCUCCUUGGGACGGGGUUCUCGCUCGGCCUUUCGAUUUCAGGGAUGACCGAUCCUUCAAAAGUGUCUGGAUUCCUGCAACUGUUCAACCCCAAACACUUUGAUCCUUCCCUUGGCAUGAUCAUGCUUAGUGGUGUUCUGCCCAACGCUAUACACCAUGCACGGAUCAAACACACCGCGAAAGCCAACUUCCCUUGGGAAAGCUGGCACGUUCCAAUGCGAAAGGAUAUAGACUGGAGAUUACUCUGCGGCUCAGCGAUAUUCGGAAUCGGAUGGGGUCUGCAAGGUUUGUGCCCCGGUCCCGCCAUUGUAUCUCUUGGAGAAGUGUUGGUACGAACUGUCAUACCAGGUCAUAACAUACCAAUAGAGGCUUUAACCAAAGUUAUCACAUUUGUAGGUGCGAUGGUGGUAUCGAUGGGCGUCGUCCCCUUGGUAUGA